GCAGCAGAUAUAACGUCUCUCGCGAUCUCUCCUUCGGAUUUUUCAGAACAAAAACCACGACUUGAAUCGCGAGAACCUCCUCUCGCCCUCACCGCGUAAGCUACUGUUUAAAUGGCUAGUGUAAACAACGCGUUUUGCUCCAAAAGUCGGCCUCCAUUGGUCAGCUGUUUCGCCUCGGUCGAAGCGACCAAUCGGAGAACGGAACAGACGCUAACCUGAACUCGAGACGACCGCCGCGUUUUGACAGCCAGCCUCAGGGUCCUCUGCUUCUCGCGGCGUCGAGGAAGAUCUAUUUAUUCUUCAAAAACAUGCCCAGUUUCUCCGGGAACAUCUCUCGCAAGGAGAAAUAGCUGCUAGCGUCGUGGGGCGAUUCUAGAAAAUAGAUCUUCCGAAGGCACUGCAAUAGCCGAUUAUUAAUCCGCUGUUGCGCCUGGGAUGUGAGUCAGCGCGCGUCUGGCCGAGAUUCACGCGUCAAGUUGCAUCUUGGAUUGAACUCAGAGAUGGUACUGCCCUGUGACUGGCAGACGACCACUCAGAAGAUAGCCCAGCGAGGCCAGUACCUACUGGAGACUGGGCAAUGGUCGGACUGCAAGUUCAUCGUAGGCCAGGAGCCGCAUCAGCAGAUCCUGGAGGGUCACAAGGUCUUCCUGGCCAUGUCGAGCCCAGUCUUCGAGGCCAUGUUCUAUGGGACUAUGGCGGAGAAGAACGACCCCAUACCCAUACGGGAUGUCCAGCCAGAGGCUUUUAAAGCUCUGAUGGAGUAUAUAUACACUGACAGGGUGGAUCUUGGAUCCUUUGAACUGGCUUGCGAACUGUGUUAUUGUGCCAAGAAGUACAUGCUGCCUUUUUUGGUUGAGGAGUGCACGAAAUUCUUGUGGUCCGAUCUGUCGCUAAAGAAAGCUUGCAGAGCUUAUGAGUUUGCAAAGUUGUUUGAGGAGCCAGUCUUGAUGGAGAAGUGUCUGCAGAUCAUCUGCUCGAAAACCGAUGAAGUGCUGAAGGAGACCAGCUGGGAUGAAGUUGAGCAAGGAACUGUGCUCACUCUUCUUGAUCAGGAAGAAUUGCAAAUUUCUUCAGAGACUGACUUGUUCAAUGCACUAGAGAGAUGGGCAAGAGCAGAGUGUGGUAGGAAGUCGCUGGAUCCAGCAGAUCCCAAGGCUCUGAAAUCUGUCAUUGGCAAUGCCCUGACUAAAAUUAGAUUUCUCACUCUGACUCCUCAAGAAUUUGCCGAGGGUCCAGGUAAAUCACCUUUGCUGACACAACAAGAGGCUUUUUCGAUUUUGAUGAAUAUAUCGUCCCCCAAGAGUAAGGUACCUAUGCCUGAAGGAUUUUCUAUGAACACUCUACCGAGAGCCAAGGUAAAAGUUCUAGAAACUUCCGAAUUGAAAAAAUUUAAUCCAAUGACGGUGAACAUACCAUGUACAUUUUCCAUGCCAAUGAAACCAACUUAUUCCAUGGAGUGUUCAAGUGCAAUAGGAAACCCAUCCUUUUUUAUACGAGACUUAAGUUACCCAGACAUAGUUAGAGAAGAAGAUCGUAUUAGCAGAGAUUCUCAAGAAGUUCCUAAUGAAAUACUCAUCACUAAUAUAAGAGAUAGGCCAAAAUUUUAUUGCAUGAGAUCAUCAAUGCAGCAAUCAAAUUUUUGCAAUUAUGACGUUAUGGACUGUUCUGUAACAUUCACAGUAGACAGAAACAUUUUUGUUCUUGGAGUUCAAGUGCCAUCUCAAAUUUUAACUGCUGUGGACCACCUUCCUUCAACUUUUGGAGGAAUGGAUCAACUUCAUGCAGACACAACUUACACAGAAGUCCUCUAUGCUCAUCUUCUUGAUUCGGACGGGACUAGACUGACGUAUACGCAUUACACAACUAAAGCUUCUUUGAGAGAAUUGGUCGAAAUAUCUUUUAACCGACCAGUAUACAUCCAAAAAAAUAAGAUGUAUAAAGUCGGGGUAGUAUUCAACAAACCAGGCUGGUACCCAAUUGGAAAUUGCACUCAAAGAGUGAACUGUGAAAACGUCUCCUUUACAUUCAACGUUGGCGUAAACGGUGUGGACUAUCUAAGAGAUGGACUUAUACGGUCGAUUGUAUUCACAUAUCGAUAAGAAAAUAUUACACGCAAUAAUGUUGUACAGUGAUAUUUCUCUUUGAAAACUCCAAAAGUUUUAAUCGAAACUUGUAUAAAUUGUAUAAGGUAUUGAUGUUUCGUGUAAAUAAUUCGGACAAUUUAAAAUUUAUAAGAAUUUUUAUUGUUUUGUAUAAAUUGUAUAAUCUUGAUUCUUUUGACAUCCUUUGUACAGCAUUGUAAUCUUUUUGUCUAUUUAGAUGUGCAUUAACAAUUUGUUAUACAAAUAUUUUAAUUACACUCUCUUGUGCUAAAAUUAACUCUCUUAUUGCACAAUCAUAAAUGUACAAGUGAAUUUGAAUCAACGGCCCAUAUACGGACUAUAAGUGCUCUCUCUACGUAGCUUUAGUCACGUAAUUCUAAGUCAAAAUUUGUAUUUAAAUUCGCAUUCAUUACACAUUACUAAUGUAGUCUAAAUAUAAAAUCAUUUCAACAUCUUUAGAUCUUAAAAUCGUGUCAACUGGUAGUAUUUAGAUAUAUAGUAUAUAUAUACAGUAUUUCGAGUGUAUUUUGCUUUUUAAAUUAUACAUUAGAUUUUAUAAAACUCCUUUUGCAAAAUAAAUAUAUUGAUUUUAACACAUGUCUAAUGGGAUAUUAAACAUUAAACAAAAUAAAAAUUUUAUUGCGUUAUAAAA